AUCAUUUGGCUUUAAUAUAACUAUCAUGCAUACAGAUAUUUAUAUUUGCAUUUUAAUAUGGUUUUUAUAUAAUUUAAAGGCCAUUUGUUGAAGCAAGAGCCAACUUUCAUUCUUUAGACAUGUUGAGAGAGAUUGGAUUUUCUCAGAACAGGGAUGGUUUUUAUACUUGUCGUCCUUGCAUACAUCUGGAUUGCUUGCACUGGGUGAAGAGAGACAGUUAUUUACCUGUUGGCAGUCAAAAUCUAAAAGCUGUGGCAAAGGCUAAAUUGAGAUAUGAUCCAGUAGAACUCGAUCCUGAAGAUAUGUGUAGAUUGGCCAGUGAACAACCACAGAUUCUCUCAAAUUAUUCAGUCUCAGAUGCUGUUGCCACAUAUUAUCUAUAUAUGAAAUACGUUCAUCCUUUUAUAUUUGCUUUGUGCACUAUCAUUCCUAUGGAACCGGAUGAGGUAUUAAGAAAAGGAUCGGGCACAUUAUGCGAGGCACUUUUAAUGGUUCAGGCAUUUCACGCAAAUAUCAUUUUUCCUAAUAAGCAAGAAUCCAUUUUAAAUAAAUUGACAGACGAUGGUCAUGUACUGGAUCAGGAAACUUAUGUCGGCGGACAUGUGGAAGCUCUGGAAUCCGGAGUGUUUCGAGCUGAUCUGCCAUGUCGUUUUAGAUUAAUUCCAGAAGCAUUUCAAAAGUUGAUAGAUAACGUUGAUAGACAAUUAAAAUAUGCCAUUGAAGUCGAAGAAAAAAUUCCUUUAGAACAAGUUAUAAAUUUUGAUGAGGUGUCAGAAGACAUAAUCAAGAAAUUAUCACAUUUAAGAGACUGUCCCACAAGACUUGAAAAUCCCAUCAUAUAUCAUUUAGACGUUGGUGCUAUGUAUCCAAAUAUUAUUCUUACUAAUCGUUUACAGCCAUCAGCUAUUGUUGAUGAAGCAGCUUGUGCAGCCUGUGAUUUUAAUAAACCUGGUGCAAGAUGUCAGAGAGUAAUGCCAUGGACAUGGAGAGGAGAAUAUAUGCCAGCUAAUAGAAGUGAAUUUCAAAGGAUUCAGCAACAGCUUGAAACAGAAAAAUUUCCUCCAGCUGCUCCCGGUUUAAAGCAUCGAGCAUUCCACGAACUCUCUCGAGAAGAACAGGCUGAAGUCGAAAAGAAAAGAUUAGCUGAUUAUUGUCGCAAAGCCUAUAAGAAAAUCCACAUUACAAGAACCGAAAUAAGGCAUACAACUAUCUGCCAGCGAGAAAAUUCAUUUUAUGUGGAUACAGUAAGAGCUUUCAGAGAUCGUCGAUACGAAUACAAAGCAUUAUUGAAGGUAGCUAAGAAGAAAGUUGCCGAAGCAAUACAGAAAAAGGACGCCGGAGAAAUAAAAACUGCAAAAAAUCUCGAAGUUUUAUAUGAUUCGUUGCAGUUAGCACAUAAAUGUAUUUUGAAUUCAUUUUAUGGUUAUGUUAUGCGUAAAGGUGCACGCUGGUACAGUAUGGAGAUGGCUGGAAUCGUGUGUCAUACAGGUGCUGGAAUUAUUACUCAAGCUCGAGAAAUUAUUGAACAGAUAGGGAGGCCAUUAGAAUUGGAUACGGAUGGUAUUUGGUGUGUUUUACCUGCAUCUUUUCCUGAAAACUAUAUUAUUAAAACUUCAAAUCCAAAGAAACCUAAGCUAACGAUAUCGUAUCCUGGUGCAAUGCUUAAUCUUCUGGUUAAAGAUAAUAAUACUAAUGAUCAAUAUCAUGAGCUUGUGGAUUCUAAAAAGCUUUCUUAUGUAAUCAAAAAUGAGAAUUCCAUAUUUUUUGAAGUCGAUGGUCCCUAUCUUGCUAUGGUAUUACCUGCAUCCAAAGAGGAAGGCAAAAAAUUAAAAAAAAGAUAUGCUGUAUUUAAUUUUGAUGGAUCAAUUGCUGAACUCAAAGGAUUUGAAGUCAAGAGACGUGGAGAAUUACAACUGAUUAAGAUAUUUCAGUCAUCUGUCUUUGAAGCAUUUUUGAAAGGAAGUACUUUGGAUGAAUGUUAUGCUGCUGUUGCCAAAAUUGCAGAUUAUUGGCUUGAUGUUCUCUAUAGUCAGGCUCAAGAUAUGCCAGAUGAUGAAUUAUUUGAGCUGAUAUCUGAAAAUCGUAGCAUGUCUCGGAAAUUAGAAGAUUACGGACAGCAGAAGUCAACCUCCAUCAGUACUGCCAAGAGACUUGCUGAGUUUCUUGGUGAUCAAAUGGUCAAAGAUGCUGGGCUAAGUUGUCGUUACGUUAUUUCUAAAAAGCCAGAAGGAGCUCCAGUUACCGAGAGAGCUAUACCGCUUGCCAUAUUUCAAGCCGAACCGAGCGUGAAGCGACAUUUUCUUCGAAGAUGGCUGAAGACGCCGUCUGUGAUAGAUUUUGACAUACGCGAUAUACUAGACUGGGAAUAUUACAUUGAACGUUUGGGAAAUGCUAUUCAGAAAAUAAUAACUAUUCCUGCAGCUCUGCAGCAGGUGUCAAAUCCAGUUCCUCGCAUCGCUCAUCCAGUUUGGUUGCACAAACGUCUUUUGGAGAAAAAUGAUAAUUUAAAACAAAAAAAGAUAAGCGAGUUAUUCAAGGUUUCAGAACCAUGUCCUGUAGAGAAAUCUCAAAAUGUAAGAAAAGAAGUAAAUGAUAUAGAAGAUCUUUGUCAAGCUUCUACUUCAAAAAACACCAUUGUUGCAACUGCAAAGCGGAAAAGACACAUUUCGGAUCAAAAUUCUAGCAAGGAACAACAGUCUGAUCUGACAAGAUCUUGGAGAGAAGCUCUUGGUCCACCACCUCCAUUUGGAAAAAUUAGAAGUGAACUACAAGAAUGGAUAAAAUACCAGAAAAAGAAAUGGGCAUUUCAAUUAAAACAACGACAAACAAAACAUAAACGAAUAAGAUUAGAUACAUCACGUGGCACUAAUGGCACUGUGAUUCGGAGUGGACCCAGUACCAGUAUUGGAGGGUUUCUAAGAAAAUCACAAAGGUCAAUUUUGGAAACACCAUGGCAAAUCAUACAGAUUGCAGAAACAGCACACCCCGGAGAAUUUCGUCUGUGGGCUCUUAUUGGUUCGGAAUUGCAUCAGAUAAAAUUAAUUGUACCAAGAAUAUUUUACGUCAAUUAUAGAAAUCCCAAAGAAACGGAAAAUAUGCUAUGUCGGAAGGUGACACGCAUCCUGCCCCGUUCUCAGCCCAUUUAUAAUUUAUACGAAUAUUGCAUUCCAGAAGAUGUAUUCCAGCAGCAUAAUAAUGAAAUUAUGGCUGAAUUGUCUACGCUAAAUAUCGAGGGAAUUUACGAGACUCAGGUUCCUUUAGAAUUCCGAUCAUUAGUCGAAUUAGGCUGCAUCUGUAGUGUUUCCAGAAAAUUUGUUCAGCAUUAUGCAGCGAAAGAGACAGACGUUUUUGAAUUAAGACAUCUAGAAUUUCGUACGUUGGCUCAACAUAAAUAUUUAGAACCCGGGAAUUUAAAAUAUUUGUAUCUCUAUCAUCAUGCAAGUGGUCAUAAAGCAAUUUUUGGAUUGUUUCUUCCUCCUUCUAAGAAAGCCGUCAUAUUUGUGGUCGAUACCGUGAGAAAUAACCAGACGCCGAAUCUGAAUUCUGUGUAUAAUGCUGAACACAGUAAGAAACUGAAAGAAGGUACAGCAGACUUUCUUCUACCAGAGUCAAACUACACAUUUGAUGUUCGAAUGGAAACGGACAUUCACCAAGUUUAUAGACUGUUACAACGACAACUACAGACAUACAAGGCAGAAAAAAGAGGAUCAACAAUGAUUGCCGUUCAGUCACUACAUGACUGCACCGACAUUUGUAUUCUGAUGCCGUCAUUUGCCGAAUUUCCUCUGGUUCCCGUGCACAUUCAGGAUGGUGAAUCCCUGUUUCAAGUAAUGGAUUGGCAGAAAGUUGGCACCAAAACUAUGAUUAGACAUUUUUUAAAUGUUGAAACGUAUUUAUCUACUGUAUUGGAACAGUGUCGCUAUUUCCAUCUUCCGUUAGGAAAUGUUGCCAGGGAUAUGGCUCUUUUUGGCACUGACCUGUUUUACGCACGUUACCUGCAGAAGCAAAACUACAUCCUGUUCUGUUCUCCGAACGAUCGCCCCGAUCUGGGAGGUAAAGAGGCCGACGAUCACAGAUUAUUGGCGGAAGCAGAAUCGACCAGUCUGAUAGAAAUAAAUAAGGCCGGUGGGUAUUCUUCAGUCUGCAUUGAACUAGAAAUAGAAGGAUUGGCUGUAAAUGCACUUCUUCAGUGUCAGAAUCUGACGGAAACGGAAGGCGUCAACGCAACCAUUGCAUUCGAUGCGGCUCCAAUCAUGUCCCUGGAAGACAUGAUGGUCGGUCACGGAACCUCCCUGGCCAGUUACGACGAGACGGUACUGUGCGCUGCCACCUUUCGUCUGUUGAAGACAAUGGUGGGAGGAUGGGUUCGUGAUCUCACCGCUUACAAUAAUGUCUUUGCGGACAACCAGUUGAUUCAUUUCUACAGGUGGUUGUGCUGUCCUCAGGCUCUGUUGUAUGAACCAGCAUUAAAGCACAUUCUUAACAAUCUAAUGAAGAAAAUGUUUACACAGCUGAUAGCAGAAUUUCACCGUCUGGGUGCAGUGGUGGUCCACGCGACUUACAACCGGUUCAUUUUGUGUACGAAACGUCACAGCGUCGCCAACGCUCUGGCGUACGCCGAAUACAUUGUAAACAGCAUUCGUAACAAGGAACUCUUUCACGGUUUGGACAUGACCGUUCGAAACUGUUGGGAAUAUCUCCUGUGGCUCGAUCAAGUUAAUUUUGGUGGAAUAAAAGGUAUCAUUCCUGAAGAAUCUAACGAAAAUGCUAACAGGAAUGAAAAAAUGGACGACAUGCCAAAUGAAGAAUCCGAAAUUAUAUUAGACAUGUGUUGGAACAUUGCAAAGUAUUUACCCGAAGCCAAUGCCGUACAGGAGAACUUUCAUAUGAUUAUUGGAGAAUACAUUCACAGGGUAUAUUCGAGAGCGUGCGAGAUAAGAGAAGGAUGGUCCGGAUUAACACCCGUGUGUCGGCAGGCCACCCAGAACCCGGAGGAUGACGAUGGAGAAGUAUUUGAUGAACUCGCUUUGUUUUCUCAAGAAAUUAUAAAGACCGACUUGUCUGAAAAAUUAUACUUCAUCGCAGAGAAGAUAAAUAAAAAGAUGUCUGGCUCGAACAAUGGCGACGUCUUUCCUUCUCUACCCGGCAUCUGCGUAACGUCUACCAGUCCGGCUCUAGCAUUUGUCAAAACUGUGUGUAAGGUGCUGUCGCUCGAUCACAACAUUGCCAGCGAAGUGACAAAAGUACGCAGGGAUCUGUUGCGACUGGUCGGAGUGGGAGAAUUCAGCAGUAUGGCAGAGUGGAGCGAACCUUGUCAAUCUUUUAUUCUUCCAGAGGUUAUUUGCAAAUCAUGCAAUCACUGCAGCGACUUGGAUUUGUGUCGAGACACAUUCGAACUCAAUGCAACGACCAGAAUGCGAGAAUGGUUGUGCAGCGUCUGUCAGGAACCCUACAACCGGUUGGACGUGGAGGCAAUGCUGAUUGAAUGCAUCCAGAAGAAGACCAUGGCUUACACGCUUCAAGAUUUGCAGUGCACAAAAUGCAGAAUGAUAAAACAACCAAACAUGUCUAGAUAUUGUGAAUGUGCAGGAAAGUUCAGAUGCUUACUUUCUCUGGAGGAUUUAAGCAGAACCCUAGCCACGUUCCUGAAUAUAUCACAGUUUUUCCAGCUGCCAGUUCUAGAAGAGACAGCAGUUUGGCUUUACAAGAUGAAUGGAUUCGUUAAAUAAAAUGUAUAUAUUGUAUGUUUUAUAAAUUAUUUUUAAUUAAAAAUAAGAAUGAAAUGUGUCUGACCUGUUUAGUACCAACAUACUCAAAUUCCAAAAUAUUACCUUCUAC